AUGCCAGCGAUCGCUACCCAAGCUUCACUACCGCCGCAAAACUGUGCAUGUACACUCCUGCGCAAACCCCACACCACAUACGCACACUUGACCCCGCACCGCGACGCACUACCCCAGACACGCGAAUGGGACGCCGACGAAUGUCGUUCACGUACUUCGUCGCGGCGGAAGAUCGAGAACGUUCACGACGCGCCAAACAAGCUGAACUCGCUCGCGUAA